AGUGAAGCUCCAGAGGCUCUAUUAUUGGCAUAUUGCAUAUUACAACCAUGAAUAUCGUCGAAUGGGCGUUCGGCAAGCGCAUGACGCCCGCAGAGCGUCUGCGCAAGCACCAGCGGGCCCUGGAUCGAACGCAACGUGAGCUGGAUCGAGAGCGCGUGAAGUUGGAGAACCAGGAGAAGAAACUGGUACAGGAUAUCAAAAAGAGCGCCAAGAACGGCCAGAUUGGAGCUUGCAAGAUCCAGGCCAAGGAUCUGGUGCGGACACGAAGAUACAUUCAGAAGUUCUACCAGAUGCGCACACAAUUACAAGCCAUCUCGCUUCGCAUUCAGACCGUCCGCAGCAACGAGCAGAUGAUGCAGUCGAUGAAAGGCGCAACUAUGCUUCUUGGUAGCAUGAACCGACAAAUGAACCUUCCCGCCCUUCAGCGCAUUGCGAUGGAAUUCGAAAGAGAAAAUGAAGUUAUGGACGAACGGCAAGAGAUGAUGGACGACGCAAUCGACGAAGCUACGGGAAUAGAAGGCGAAGAGGAAGAAGGGGAGGACAUCGUUAAGGAGGUGCUCGAUGAAAUCGGUGUCGACCUGGGCCAGUCGCUGGGUGAAACACCUUCGGACAUACAACAAGCAGAGGCUGUCGGCAAAACUCCUGUUGCGCAAGCCGUUGGCGGCGGCAGUGGAGGCGGAGGAGGCGCCGGUGAUGCCGGCGACGAUGACCUCCAAGCAAGGCUGGACAGCCUUCGACGAUGA